AUGUCUCUUGUUAAGUCUGGAGGCAGACAGGCGCGGGACUAUGAUAAGCUCCUCGACGAAGCCUUUGAAUCUGGAUUGUCUCUAGACAAAUCGAAUGUUACACCUCACUUGGUCUAUCGCAAUCUUGCUCCAAAGAGUAAGAUUUUGUAUAAAAGCCUGCUUGAGCCAUGGAAGGCAUAUGAGAAUAAAUACCCGGAGGCAACGCCACAAGAAAUGGCAACCUUAAAACACUUUGCUAAAUUUAUUGCAUUGGCGAUGAGAGGCAGAGUCAAGAAAGAUAAUCCACAUGGGCGGCCGAGAGUCGAUAGUGUUCGGAACCAGAUGCGCAAGUUUUGCAGUGCCUGGAACCGAGACAAUGUAGACAAAGGGCAACGAAUUCCAGAAGAAGUGAGCCUGUCUAUGGCACCAUACAUUGAAGGCGAACUCGCGGAUCAAAUAGGACUACUACGUGGAAAACAAGCAAAGUUCCACUGGGAAGAAGACUGGCACGAUUACAUUCACGAGGGCAGCCGAGUUGAAAACACAAAUAUGGUCAAUGUACAUUGCUACACAUCUGCAAGACUAAGUGAAGUUUGUCAGGCAAAAUACAGAGAUCUUGAAUGCAUAAUUGGUUAUUACGACGGAGAACCAGAUAUCAAGCUGAAGUUUACCAGGGAAUUUUGCAAAGCUAAGAAUGUUGACCAGUAUGGCGGAUAUUCUCUUGGUUCAAUAUUGAAGUUUGCCUCACAGAACAACACAAAUGUUCUUGUGAAUAAGUACCUUGGAACAGUAUGUUCUGUGGACGGUGUGGCAAUGUACCAAAACUUGUCACCCCGAAAAGACUUGGCCGAAGAUUUCCUCUCAGCAACAAUGAGAUGGAACCCAGAUCUCAAAUUCCGUUUGCCCUCCGACAGAAACAAUGAGAUCAAGAAUAGUCAUACAUAUCUUUCCCUUACAAAGAAGAUUGAUACCUUGACCAGCAGGAUUGCCGACGCCGAGCCCGGGGAGGAUGUUUGUGAUCUUGUGAUGCGACGCAAACAAGAAUAUAGGAAGCGAACAACAUUCAUCAAUCAAGAGCUUAGAAACUUUCAACUUAGUCAGAAGAUCGUUUAUGACGCUAAAAAAGAGGAUCAUGAGCAAACCGACUGGCAUAGGGUUCGAUUUAACCGAAUUGCGCAUAUGCUGCCGCCGGAGCGGAUAAGGCUUGCAGCGACUAUGAAAGUCCAGGCUUCUCCGCGAAGUCAAGUGUGGAAACAGGCUGUUGAAGAUUUAAUAUCUCUUCGCAACAUGGACUGCAGAGUUGCGUACCAGCAAAGCCUGCAACCCACGAGUGGCUUCUGUCCGGUCGAGUCGUGCAAGCAAACGAUGGCAAGCCUGCCUGUGGAAAAAAGAUGGAGUCGCAUAUACCACUGCUACAAAAGGCGAUACCUUCACCAAUACGGCUUUGCAAAAUUUUGCUUCAUGUGUAGUGAAUGGGUAAAAAACCCUGCAUCGUGGGUUGCUCACUGUAAAACUCAUAUCGAGAUGAACAAUGUUCCAUUCCGCUUCGAUCCGGUCACCUUUCGCUAUGCUGUUGCUUGUGCUGGCUAUUGCGCUGUGUGUAUCUGGCGCACAGAACUCGAGGCUGAUGAGAGACUGAGGCAGUACUCGGACAGAGCAGCGUGGAUAAGGCAUACUUCGCGGUGUAUUACGUCGUAUGUCAGCAGCCAGGAUGGAAAAACGACGCUUGAAUGCCCCGAUGAAAGAUGUUCUAUUGAAUUCUCUAAGCAGGAAUGCUUAUGGCACCAUCUGGACGACAUCCACAGCAUACCUACUCCUGCCGUAGGUGAUAUGUACAAGUGGAACUCAGAGCCACUUAGCAAAUGGAAUGAUACUGGCAUGCAGUCUAUUCAGCAUUACAGUCCGCGGAAAUUGUCUCCAACCCCGACGCUAACGGGCUGGCAGACUUGGAUUGACGAAGCUACGAGCGACUCGACAUCACAAACGAGCAAAACAAAUUCCUCCGCCUGGGAUGAUUACCGCCGAUGCACUCCAGAGACUCAAUUAUCAGAAGUGGUCUACGAGUUUGAAAAGGCAGACAUGACGGACGACGUCGCUUGUCUGCCAGAUGUCAACGCUCCUACAGAAGCCGCUGUUGCUGAGGAGGAGACUCCAAUUGACCCAAUGCUCCUUUCCGCAAAUGAUACACACCUUGCGCUACAGUCAAACUCAACAAUACCGUCCAAUUUUGGAGUUGCUGAAGGUGGGCACGAAGAAGGCGUUUUGACAAUCCCAGAGAAAUUGGAGCAGGAACUGGCUCAUGAUGACCAAUACCUUGUUGACCACUUACUUGGAAGAUGGCGCCACAGAGGCAAAGUCUGGUUUUACUUGAAAUGGAAGGAUGGGAGCUACGGGUUUGUACCGGAAAUGGACAUCAAUGCAAAAGACCGAAAGGAUUUCGAAGCAAAUGACUUCACAGGUUUCCACGAAGGCGCAUUUGUAAAGCGUGUGAGAGUACGGAACGGCAAGGCAAGUUACGUGACAGGGUUUCUAGGCUGCGCGGAUGAGUGGAUACUACCAGAGCAUGCGCUCCAUCCAGACUUGGUUGCCGAGCAUAAGUCAAGUACAAGGGGAACUGCCGGCGAGUUCGGGUUUUAUGUUUAUCUGUUGCGUAUCUCGCGCACACACACUAACCUAACACUCUGUUUCCACUCGCUCAAGCCCUCGCUUGUCUUUGAGCCAGUUGUUAACCUUGUCCCUUCCUGGCCUAUUUGUGCCUCUGCUUCUGCUCAUUCUUUCCCAAAUGGCUUAGCAAGUAAAGUCGACGCUGUAGGGAUUCCAAAGACGAUGCUGCUGAUAAUCGUGGCCAUGGAGGCGAAUAGGUAG